AGUUGUUGACAAAAUUCUGGAAGUGAUAUCGCUGGAUCUCUCCCCCUCACGCCACUGAAUUAAUCGAGUAAACGGAAAAAAUUAAAACGGCAACACAAUGGCCACUGAUCGUAAACGCGUCAGCGCCGUAAACAGCACAAGCAGCAGCUUGGAACUGCCCAUGGAUAAUUAUAGCCAAAGCUCUCAAGCCGAUUUAAAGCCACGCAAACCACGUGUCUACAGAUCGAAAGUAUUCAUUAUUGCUGUGUCAUUUUCAUCAGUUCUUUUGCUGAUUAUGAUUUCCGCUUUUGCGGUCCACUACACCGUGGGCUUCCCCUCGUCGAGCUUACCAAAUGGUGGGGAAAAAGAUGCCCUAACAAUGGCCCUACCGCCCGAACAACGUGUCUGGGUCGAAGAAGGUAUAUCGGAGCUAAGAAAUGCUGUCGAACGUAAAGAUAAUAAGCGAAGAGCAAAGAAUGUCAUUCUAUUUGUGGGUGAUGGUAUGGGACCCAACACAGUGACAGCUGCCAGAAUAAUGGGUUUCAAGGAAGAGGGUCUGAUGUCAUGGGAAAAGUUUCCCGACAUGGGUUUACUGAAGACCUACUGUGCCAACAAACAAGUUCCCGAUUCCUUCUCCACAGCCACAGCCCUGUUCUCAGGUGUAAAGGUCAACUAUGAAACUGGUGGAGUUGAUUCCUCUGUCCCGCUGGGAGAUUGUGCAGCUUCGUUGAAUCCCGAUCGCCAUGUCCAGUCGAUUUUAAAAAUGGCCCAAGACGAUGGCAAAUUGACCGGCUUUGUUACCAAUACACGGGUGACGCAUGCCACACCAGCAGCCCUAUAUGCCCAUACCCCGGAUCGUCGCUGGGAAUGUGAACAGAAAAUGCCUGCCGCAGCUACCGUGGAAGGUUGUCGCGAUAUUGCACGCCAAUUGAUCGAAGAGCCGACAGGGCAAAAAAUCAAUGUCAUUAUGGGUGGAGGUCGUCAAAUGUUGGUUUCCAAUGUUACCGACUCUGAAGCUGAUCCCAUUGACACCUGGUCCUGCAAGUCGAAUGAUGGCCGUGAUUUGAUACAACAAUGGGCCAACAUUAAGGCUGCCAAUAAUGAGGCUGCUGUUGUGGUACAAAACUCCGGGGAGUUGGAUGCCAUCAAUGCCCAGGAUACGGACUAUGUUUUGGGCAUUUUCGCCAAUGGUCAUUUGAAGUAUGAACAUGAAAGGGAUACCUCCCCCAGUGGCAUGCCGUCGCUGAAACAGAUGACCCUAAAGGCAUUACAGGUGUUGAGAUCGAAAAAUCAAGGUUUUCUCUUGGUGGUGGAAGGUGGCAUGAUUGAUCAGGCCCAUCAUCGUGGUACGGCACGCAAGGCCCUCAAUGAAGUGUUGGCUUUUAAUGAUGCCAUCAAUGCCACCCUACAGGCCUUGGGUAAUGAUUUACAGGACACCUUGGUCAUAGUUACCGCCGAUCAUUCGCAUACGCUGACAAUUAAUGGUCAUGCCUCGAAGGGUUCGAAUAUUUUCGGUGUGGCUGGCAAUUCCAAGACCGAAGGAACUCCAUACACCACCUUGACAUAUGGCACAACCUAUCAAGGUUUUCAACCGGACGCCAAUGGCCUGAGAAAGGAUCCCACAUUGGAGGAUACCAACGAUUGGGAAUAUAUGCAGCAGGGUGCUAUCAAUACCGAUGAGAAUUAUCACGGUGGUAGUGAUGUGACAAUACAUGCCGUAGGUGCCAUGUCCUAUCUGUUCCAUGGUGUGCACGAACAAUCCUAUGUGGCCCAUGCCAUAACAUAUGCUCUGCGUAUUGGACGUUUCCGUGACAGUUCGAUUGCUGAAAGUCUAGCAGAUUUAUUGCCUUUAUAAGAUUCGAAAUCUUUAUGAACUCCACCCCCCAAGAACCCUCAACUUGAAUAUAUAGCAAGAUUUUUCCCCAUUCUACUUUUAAGUUUAUUUUUUAAGUAUUAAAUUUAAAAUAUAAAGUGUCAUGCUUCGCAUUGAGUAAUUUAAGUGAAGCGUUGACGCCGGAAACGCCUAUUACAGAUUUGUGAUAUCGAAAGCUCAAGAAUUUAUGUAGCAUGUAAAAUGUAGCU